CUAAUCGCGCGCCGAGGGUACACCGGAACGGAGCCCGUUCAACGUGCGAGCUUAGAAAAGUCGACGACCACCCGCCCAACAACGCCCGCCUUCGAAGACUCUAUCAUCCUCCUUCGUCUUCUCUCUUCCUCUUCUCUCAUUCUUCGUCUAAUUCUUGGAUUCGGAGGAUGUCGGGAGGGGGCUCGCAGCCGAGCUUGAGGAAGUAUCUUGGUGCUAUCAAGGACUCCACCACGGUCGGCUUGGCCAAAGUGAACAGCGAUUACAAGGAGUUGGACAUUGCUAUAGUUAGGGCUACAAACCAUGUUGAGCGACCAGCCAAGGAAAAGCACCUAACAGCCAUUUUCCUUGCUAUUUCUGCCACAAGGCCUAGGGCUGAUGUUGCAUACUGCAUUCAUGCUCUUGCCAGGCGUCUAUCAAAGACACACAAUUGGGCGGUUGGGAAGACAUUAAUCGUCAUUCAUCGUGCUCUUAGAGAAGUAGACCCUACUUUCCGUGAAGAACUACUAAACUAUGGAAGACGUAGAGGCCAUAUGCUCAAUUUGUCUCAUUUUAGAGAUGACUCAAGUCCAAAUGCAUGGGACUACUCUGCAUGGGUCCGGAGUUAUGCCUUGUUUUUAGAGGAGAGACUUGAAUGCUUUCGUACUCUUAAGUAUGAUGUAGAGACAGAUCCUCCAAGAACCCGUGAUCUUGAUACUCCUGAGUUGCUAGAACACCUGCAAGCUCUACAACAACUCUUUUAUCGUUUGCUUGGUUGCCAACCACAAGGAGCUGCUGGUUAUAACAUUGUGAUUCAGUUGCCACUUUCAAUGGUUGCUAGGGAGAGCAUUAAGAUUUAUAAUGCCAUUAAUGAUGGCACUGUUAAUAUGGUUGACAAGUUCUUUGAAAUGCAACGCCAAGAUGCUCUUAAAGCACUUGAUAUAUAUAGGACAGCAGGCCAGCAGGCAGAGUUAUUGUCAGAAUUUUAUGAAGUAUGUAAAACCUUUGAUAUUGGGCGUGGAGAAAAAUUCGUAAAGAUUGAGCAGCCCCCUGCAUCAUUUCUCACAGCUAUGGAAGAUUAUAUUAGGGAUGCUCCACGAGCUUCAGUUCACAAAGAUAAGGUAGCAGAUGGGAAAGUUGUAUUGGCAAUUGAAUAUAAAUCAGCUUCUGAAGUCAAGGAGGCUGCUGCCCCACCACCUUCAACUCCACCUCCACCUCCACCACCUCCUGAACCAGUCAAAGAAGAGGUCCCUGCACCUAAGCAAAUAGAUUUGCUGGAUUUGAAUGAUAGCACAAUUCCUGACUCAUCUGACUUGGACCAAAAAAAUGCUCUGGCUCUUGCCAUUGUUCCCAUUGAUAAUUUAUCAACUACCACCUCUUCAAGUGGUCUGGCUACUGAGAACACUGGAACCACAGGGUGGGAAUUGGCACUCGUUACAGCCCCAAGCUCUAAUGAAACUGCUGUAGCAUCAAGCAAACUGGCCGGAGUGGAUAAACUCACACUAGACAGCCUAUAUGAUGAUGCAAACCGGCGAGCGAACCAAAACGUAAGCUACAACCCAUGGGAGGUAGGGCCAAUGGCAAGUCCAAUGAUGCAACCAAUGGCUCAUGACCCAUUCUACGCAUCAAAUGCAAUUGCAGCGCCUCAUUCCGUCCAGAUGGCUGCAAUGGCUCAGCAACAACAAGCUUUCAUGCUGCAGCAGCAAAUGAUGAUGAUGGGUCAGCAACCACACCAAGCCCCUCUAAAUCCGUUUGCUGCUAAUCCAUAUUCCGCAGUUGGUACACAUCCGUAUGGCUCCGGCAUGCCUUUUCAAUCAUCCAAUACAUAUACAGGAUACAUGUAGACCGGAGCUGAAUACUGUACAGAAAAAUUUAUGCUAUUUUCGGUGUCACAGGUAGUGAUCAAAAGGUGUAUGCUGGUUCACGAUAUAGAUUGGUGUAUUGAUCAUUGUAGGCUUAUGAUACACCAUUUUAUAUGAUCUUUGUGCAGUGAGAAAUAUUAGUUUGGCAAGGUUGAGAAUAAACAUUGAGAUUUUAUUAUUUGUCACAAUAGUACCCAAUAAUGUCCUGAGAGUUUUCUGUAAUUCUACUUUUUCAAUUUCUAAUGAGUAAUGAUAUCUGCUUGUGUGAUCCUUAA